ACCCUGCUCUCUGUGGUUCCCGCUAGGAAAAAUAAUCCUCAAGCUAAAGUGAAGCUUUCUUUAAGUUUUUCAUUAUUUUAAACUUCUAAUCCAGCCAUGGAYGGCGGACAGAAGAUCUGGGUGCCUGAUGUCGAGCAUGGGUUUCGUUUAGGGACAAUYCUCGAUCUCGGAGCUGAUGAAAUAACGGUGGAACUUGAUGGCCUCAAAGGAAAGACUGUCACAGCUCCAUACAACCGUGUCUUCCCGGCAGAAAAGGAUAACUCUAAAGAUGUCGAGGAUAAUUGUGCUCUGAUGUAUUUGAAUGAAGCUACCCUUCUGAAUAACCUUAGAGUCCGGUACAACAAAGACAAGAUCUAUACCUAUGUUGCCAAUAUUCUGUUAGCCGUCAACCCGUAUCAUGAUGUGAAAGAACUAUACACAAAAGAGACUAUCCACAAAUACCAUGGCAAAUCACUUGGUACUCUUCCACCACAUGUCUUUGCAAUUGCUGAUAAAGCGUACAGAGAUAUGCGAGCAUAUAAACAAAGCCAGUCCAUUAUUGUUAGUGGUGAGAGUGGAGCUGGUAAGACUGAGUCUACAAAAUACAUCUUGAGAUACUUGACAGAAUCCUGGGGAUCUGGUGACCAGGGACGCAUUGAGCAAAGAAUUAUAGAAGCCAAUCCCCUUCUUGAAUCAUUUGGUAAUGCAAAGACACUAAGGAACAUCAACAGUAGUCGCUUUGGCAAAUAUGUUGAAGUCCAUUUCAAUGAAAAGGUGAUUGUCGUGGGAGGAUUCAUUUCUCACUACCUUCUGGAGAAGUCUCGUAUCUGUAAGCAGUCCAAAGGUGAACGCAACUACCAUGUCUUCUACAGACUCUGUGCUGGGGCACCUAAAGAUAUCCGAGAUAAGCUGCAACUUAAGAAAGCAGAAGACUUUGUGUACCUGAAGCAGGGCUCUAUCAAGGACCCAAGUUUAGAUGACGUCAAGGACUUCAAGCGAAUGGACCAAUCAAUGGACAAUGUUGGAUUCUCAAAGGAGGAGAAGGAUAACAUCUACAGGGUGGUUGCAGCCGUACUUCAUCUUGGGAACAUUGAGUUUGAGGAGAAGGAUGAUGCCAAGGGUGGCUGUGUAGUGACUGCUAAAUCCAUGAAUGAUCUCAACACCACAGCUAUUCUGCUCAGAGUAUCCUCAGAAGAGCUACAGAUGUCCCUGACAACCAGAGUGAUGUCUGCAGGUGGAGCAGACAUGAGGUCGGACAGCAUACCACGCCCGCCAAAGCAACAAAUAUUGGUGCCAUUGACCAAAGAACAGGUUGGAGCAGCAAGAGAUGCCUUAGCUAAAGCACUUUACACCAAGCUGUUUGAUCACAUAGUCGCACAGGUCAACCAGUGCUUUCCUUUCAGCUCUUCAUCCACUUAUAUUGGUGUGCUGGACAUCGCUGGUUUUGAAUACUAUGAACUGAACAGCUUUGAACAGUUCUGCAUCAACUACUGUAACGAAAAGCUACARCAGUUUUUCAAUGACAGGAUUCUCAAACAGGAACAAGAGCUUUACAACCGUGAGGGACUGGGCGUAAAGGCUGUGAAAUACAUGGACAACCAGGAUUGUAUUGAUUUGAUAGAAGAGAAAAGAAUUGGUAUCUUUGACAUCUUGGACGAAGAAAGCAAGCUGCCUAAACCAACAUCGGCUCAUUUCACGACAGAGAUUCACCUGAAACAUAAGAACCACUUUAGAUUGACGUUACCCAGGAAGUCACCUCUGAUGUAUCAUCGUAACCUACGCGAUGACGAAGGAUUCCUGAUUCGUCACUUUGCUGGAGCCGUGUGUUAUCACACAUCACAAUUCCCUGACAAGAAUAACGAUGCCCUUCACCAUGAUCUAAAAGAACUGAUCAGCGACAGCGAGGAUGCCUUCAUCAAGAGUCUUUUCCCCGGUGAGGCCAGCGAUGACAAAGUCAUGGGUAACCUGAGCAUAGCAGGAGGAGGAGGAAGGCAGGGAAGCAAGAAGCUUGCCUUUGUCAGCGUUGGCAGCAAGUUUAGGACUCAACUUGGCCAGUUGAUGAACAAGCUGAAUUGUACUGGCGCUAAUUUCAUUCGCUGUAUCAAACCAAACGGCAAGAUGACCAGUAGUCUGUUUGAAGGUGGUUCCAUUCUAAGCCAGUUAGAAUGUGCUGGUAUGGUAUCAGUACUAACACUCAUGCAGGAUGGAUGGCCUUCCAGGGCACCCUUCCACGAGGUCUACGCAAUGUACAAGAAGUUCCUACCGGCAAGACUAGUACGUCUUGAUCCUCGCAUGUUCUGCAAGGCUCUGUUCCAUGCUGUUGGUAUGAAUGAGAAUGAUUUCAAGUUUGGUUCGUCCAAAAUCUUUUUCAGACCAGGAAAGUUUGCAGAGUUCGAUCAGAUCAUGCAACAAGACCCGGAGAGUCUAAAGAAGAUGGUUGCCAAGGUAACCACCUGGCUGACCCGCGCGCGCUGGAGGCGAGCCAUCUGGGGGACCCUUUGCGUCAUUAAACUUGCGAACAAGAUCAAGUUCCGUGCUCUUGCCAUAAUUAGGAUCCAGAAGACAAUAAGGAUGUCUAAUGCUAUUAUUAAACAUCGACCAAGGUACAAGAAYGUUAUGAAGAUCCGAAGACUCGAGGUACAAGUUGGCACAAUGGCAGAACUUGCAUCCAGCCUGAAGAAAGACAAAGACGUUGUGGUCAAACAAGUCAAGGAUGUUAGCAACUCCAUCAACGCAGCAAUAGUUAAGAUUAAGUCUACCAUCAUGACGCGCCAAGCCAUGGAACAAGAAUACAACAGUCUGGUACAGAAAGUGAACAACCAACUGAACGACUUGAAUAAACGACAACAACAACAGAAGGUCGCUGAGGAGCAAGAAAGACUCAGGAAGAUACAAGAACAAAUGGAGUUGGAAAGAAAGAAGAGGGAAGAAGAAGAGAGAAAGAGAAAAGAAGAAGAGGAAGAAAGGAAGAGGAAAAUUGCGAUGGAAAUCGCGAGGAAGAAGGAAGAAGAAGAACGUAAAAAACGCGAAGAAGAAGAAAGAAUACAAAGAGAGAAAGAGGAAAAAGACAGACAAUUGCAGCUUGAGAAGCAGAAGUUACUAGAAGAAGAGCAAAAACGGCAAGAGAUGAUUGAACAAGAAAGACGUGAUCGUGAACUGGCUUUAAGACUGGCCAAUGAUGCUGAGGCUGUUGCAGCACCCGAGCCUGUUCAACCUUUGCAAAGGAAUUUACCAGCUAAAAAAGACAAGAAGCACGAUUUAACUUCUUGGAAAUAUGCAGAUCUACGAGAUACUAUCAAUACGUCUUGUGAUAUCGAGUUGCUUGAGGCAUGUAGACAGGAAUUUCAUCGUCGUCUCAAAGUUUAUCAUCAGUGGAAGAAAACGAACAAAGCUCGUGUCACGCCAGAGGAAGGCGCACCUCAGAGAGCGCCAAAAGAUAUCCAAGAAAAAGCUGAGCAAAAUAAACCACCCCUCCCUCCUCGUCCAGCUCAAGCCAACGAACCUCCCCCAUCCCUYCCCCCUCGUCGUUUGCAACGAUUCUUCCGUGUUCCAUUUAGUAAACGAUCGGAUAAAUACCGUGAUACUGUGUACAAGAAACAAGGAUCGUGGUUUGCUCAUUUUGAUGGUCAGUGGAUUGCCCGUCAGAURGAGCUCCACCAGGGUAAGAAGCCCCUGUUACUAGUAGCUGGUGAUGACGAUCUAGACAUGUGUGAACUGAGUCUAGACGAGACUGGCCUMACCAGGAGGACUGGUGCUGAGAUAACUAGACAAGAAUUUGAAAACUUGUGGAUUCAGUAUGGUGGCGGUCAGCUAGUCUAUCAAGCUAAAAUCUACCAAGGGCAGUAAGCACUUAGGGACCUAGUGGGACCUUAAGGACCCUUGAGKGACCUAGCCGUACUUUAGGAUUCAAUAAUUCAAAAACGAAAGUUUCUAUUAGAACUUUUUUGAUCACGAACCGGGACCAAUAUUGGAUGUCGUGAACAGGGUUUUCAACAAUGACAGAUUUCAAUUUUUAAGCCUGUCAUCCAAUAUGGCUGCGGUCACGUGACCAUGCCUUAAAUUACUCUUAGUACUUACUUUAAUACUCUGUAUUAGACAAUAUUUUCUAUUAGAUAUACAAUACGAUAGAACAGGGUUAAUGCAUCUUCAAUGGCGUAAGCAGUUUUGGAUUCAGUUAGCGAGUUAUAGCAUGGAAAACAUUGUAAUUUAAAUAGGAUUUUGGCAUAUUUUCGAUGAAAUAUCAUCUUUAAAAAUUGAACUAAGAAUACCCUGAAAAAGUAGUUUCAGAUUAGAAAAAAGAACGAACUUAAGGAGCAGUAAGGCACGUUAAGGUACAAUAUAGGCACAUCAAGGUACAUGUAGAAGGAACAGAGGCCACUGUGGGGCAAUGAGGGACCGAGGGACCUUCUGGCACACAGAAGGACCUGUAUGUGCACAUAGGAAUCUAUAGGCAAAGUGAGGUACAAAUAGGCACAUAUAGGUGAUGUAUCAAAGGUACCCUGUCACAAAUGAUUUAAAGUGCACAGAAAGCUACUUCACACACCUAGUGAUGGAAGUUAGAGGUGCAGGAUACCYGUGUUACAAUUUCUCAAAAAAACAAUUAACAAGCUUAUAAUUUCAAUAAAUAAAUGAUUAAUUGAAAAUUAAUAAUUAGGCAUAGUAUACUAAUCUGGCAUGGGAUUUCCUAAAUUACUAAGGAAUGCACUAAUUCAUUAAUGUACUAAUUUUUGUGUGAUUGCAAGAGGAAAAUAAARAAGCUAAUAUUGCUAA